UCAGAAGCGGCCGGUCUGUGAAGCGGCAGGGGCACGGAAGCGGGCUUGAUACGCUAUUGUUGACAUUGCUGACAACGAAUCCGCUCCAGCGCCGAGUGGUCGAUUACUAAAAUUGUCCAGUAAUCACGAUUGACUGACGAAUGAAAAAUCAUGGAAAUACAUUGGUCAAAAGGUCUGAUGAGUAUUCCUGCUGCUGCAUCAGUUCAGUCAGGGGGUGGAGAGAUGCAAUCACCUGGGGCCAUUAGCCCCUCCUUCCUCCCGCCCCCAAGUGGAAAAGUUCCAGGUCGCAAGAGGGGUCGCCCACCCCUGAAGAGGCACCCGGAAUAUCAGAGUCACUACCCAGAAUCCCUCCCACCCAUUAAAGUGCCUAAGAAGAGAGGGAGGAAGCCUGGCUUUAAGCUGAAGUCUCGCUUGAUGACACCCCUGGCCAUCUCUCCACCCAGCAGCACCCCGGAGCCAGACAUGAGCUCAAUCCCCCAGGAUGCUGCUACUAUCCCCCACUCAGCCACCCCACAGGUCCUCACAGUGUGUAUCUACGUGAAUAAGCAUGUGAACACAGGUCCUAACCUGGACAGGCAGAAGGUGCUGCAGCUACCCGAUCACCUGGGUCCUGCCAGGCCCUCUGUGGUGCUGCAGCAGGCGGUACAGGGCUGCAUUGACAGCGCGUUUCAACAGAAAGCCGUCUUCACCCUGCUUACCGAGGGCUACGGGGGAGAAAAGAUCUCAGCAACCUUUGACGGUAAGCAGCAUUUGUUGAGUUUGCCAGUGGUCAACAGCGUAAGCUACGUCCUCCGCUUCCUCAAGAAGUUGUGCCGAAGCCUGUUGUGUGAGAACCUCUUCAGUGACCAGCCCAUCGCCCCUUCAUCGUCGCCCUCCUCCUCUUCCUCAUUCCACACUGAAAAGCACUCAGACGGACAGCUCAAGUCAACAGAUUCAAGGGUGGACGAUUACCAUGGUGAUUUAAUGGACCCUAAGCGCUAUUCUGUUGACCCCAGCGACUCGGCCUAUGGUGCGAUGCCCUCACCGUACACGGCGAAUAAACCUGUGUACGGUUUUCGUUCUGGUACCACCUACUCUGGAGGUGUGUGCAGGCAGGCAGCCAGUCCCAGCACAUUCCAGGAAGGAAACAGAAGUGCCUACAGUCCAUCCCCAGAAGGAGGGGAGGCAAAGCCCCCACCCAGUAAGGAUCCCUCCAGGUGGAGUGUGGAUGAGGUGGUGUGGUUUAUCAAAGAUGCAGACCCUCAAGCGCUGGGCCCUCACGUGGAUCUCUUCAGAAAACAUGAGAUAGAUGGGGAUGCUCUUCUUCUCCUGAAGAGUGACAUGAUCAUGAAGUACCUGGGACUCAAACUGGGCCCGGCUCUCAAGCUCUGCUACCACAUCGACAAGCUAAAACAGAAUAAGUUCUGACCUCUCUCUGCACCCUACAAACACUCACAGAUGGAUUCACUCACAGUAUUUACUGUAACUCUCAUUUGUUGUUGUACAGGACAUUUUUGUCCCCUCUUCUCUGGCCAUUUAAGGACAAGUACCAGACCAUUUUUUUAACUUGUGCGUUUUGUCUGCCUGUAUAUUGGGACAUUUCACUGACCAGAACAUUUCCUUGUUCUGAUUUUAAGUGUACAAGUGUUUUAUUGAUUACUUGAUACCUGAACACUGCUCUAAUCAAAUGGCAAGUCAUCUCUGCAGCUUUCUGGGAUUUGAGUUAUUUGUUCUCAAGCGAGAGUUAUGCAGAUGAGUUAUAAGUGUACAUCAUGCUUCUUCAAAUGGACGGAGUAACAAAUGUAUUAGGCCACAGACAAACUCGCUCCCAUUUUUACAGAGCCAUGGACUCGGUCUAAAUCCCUGUGAACUUCAGCCACCUGCUGGUGAAGCGGAGUCACUGCAACUUCUGUGACAUUUACUACCAUUCUAACAAGGAACAAUUUAGCUUUUUUGUUUUUGUUAUUUUUCUCCAGAGAGCUUCUUCAAAGGCUGCUAAUCUGGGAGAUCAGUAACAAACAGAAUUCAGUGCUGUGCUUUUAACUGAACAGAUACAGUAUGCACACAGUUUUGGCAGGGUACAACUAUGAACAGUUACACUUCACAACCAGCAAAUAACAGGCACCAAUGCAACUCUACUCAUCAAUGGACCAUUCACAUCGUCUUUGGAAAGCCUCCUUGGCAAUCUAAGUCAGAACUAAACAGGACACACUACAAGGCAAUUACUGCUACAGUAAAAAUGGUGCAUUACAAACAUAGUAAUGUGUACCCGAUGCUGUUUCUCAACCAGCAAGUCAAGUUUAACUAAACAACUGGUACAGGUACAGUACUUUACAUUUCAUACUGUGGACCAAAUACACAGAGGUCUCAUUAGUCUCAAAAUGUCUUGCUCUGAUACUAUACAAAUGUCAGCUUGUGAUUUUCUUACAAAAUAUGUACGCUUUACAAUAAUGUUCAAUUCAUUCAAUACAUUGGUAUCAUGAACUAACAAUGAACAGUACAUUUACAGCAUUUAUUAAUCUAGGU